AUGUCUACCUCAUUGAAUAAGCAGGGGCCUAUAUUGAAUAAGUCACGGUCGGGGUGUCGUGAUUGUCGACGCAGGAAGGUCAAAUGCGAUGAGACGAAGCCUGUCUGCUCGAACUGUCGCCGGCGAUAUAAAAUUAUCCAGCGCUGCGACUGGGACUCUCAUAUGCCUCGCGAUGCCCGCCGGCCACAGCUGGAAACUAUUGGACAUGGCAACCCUACCUCCCUCAAACUCCACCCAAGCUCAGUUACAUACAACAUAAAAUGGCGCAGUUUGGAACUACGCCUAAUGCACCACUACACAGCAGUCGUCAGCUCGACUAUGCCUAGCUGCAACGGUGCUCCUGCAGAGGCGUGGAACCACACUAUACCGCAGCUAGGCUUCUCAUCUGAGAUUAUUCUGAAUCCGAUGCUGGCGCUUUCGGCGCUUCAUCUCCAUGCUCAUUCGCCGCAUGAUGAGAUGGUAGGUAUUGCAUUGCGACGGUAUUUUGGCCAUGCACUUGCACAUCACCGUCAUGCGCUCAACGACAACACCACCAGCCAGGCCUCGACCGAGCAGCUGUGGCUUUCUGCAGUCGUGCUUUGCCAUAUGUGCUGGCUGCUUGAACAUCAGAAGCCGCGAACUAACGCGGCAUAUGAACUUCCAGUGCAAGCAUUCAAAUUGCUAGAAGGAGUUGGAAUUCUGUUCGCACAGAAAAACGUGCAGGGUUACGGCUGGCAAGGAGACGAGACUCUUCCGCUCGUAAUACCAGAUGAUAAGCUCCCGAUUGCCUCCAGGCUGCAAUUCCGUGAGCUAGAAGAAGACCUUGAGUGCUUGAUUUAUGAGUUCAAUGUCUGGACUAUGCCAGAUGCCGAAAAGAACGUUUACCUAGAAGCAAGAGAUUACGUAUUGUACCAUUAUCGAGCCUUCUACUCUGGGGUAGAUGCUACCACCCUUCAGCGAUUUAUUGCAUAUAUGGCCGUACGAUGUCAGUCAGGUUAUCGAGACUUGCUGCAAUCGCAUGAUCCACUUGCGAUGGCACUGCUGGCGAGAAUGCUGGUUAUGCUUGAUGCAUUGGACCAUGCUUGGUGGGCGAAUGGGAGGGGUGAGUAUGAAGUUGUGGAGCAAGAUGUCAGGGGGAUAUACCAGCUGAUGCCUGGCGAACUGCGCUGGACGAUGGAGUGGCCAUCAGAGCCCGACAAUAUGGUUAACCUCAUGGAGUCCCCGUCUAUAGCCCGGCGCAACUGUCUCGCGAGUCCGAACGCUACAUCUGCUCAGGCAAUGUGGUGCAUGGAGAUCGUCAUUAAGCAUCCAAUCGACCAGAACAGAAGAGGAGAAAGAGUUGAUCAGAUGAUGCCGAGGACCGAUGCGAUGCGUACACUUUGCUACUUUAACUUAGUGGUGAAUCGUGACUUUACAGUUUACACACAGAUUUCAUCGAGAGCCGGAAGAGAACUAGAUCCCGCCUACAUUUAG